AGACGCUAGUGUCUGCUACGGCCCUUUGAAGGUUUUUGCAGCUUGUUUGUUCGUGUUGAUAAAAAGCAGUAAUGUCACUUUCAUCAGCUCGUUCGUUCCUGUCAGAGGCUGGUUAUGGAGAACAAGAACUUGACGCCAAUUCUGCUCUCAUGGAACUUGACAAAGGUCUGAGGUCGGGAAAACUUGGAGAACAAUGUGAGGCGGUGGUGCUCUUUCCCAAACUCUUCCAGAAGUACCCUUUCCCAAUCCUCAUCAACUCCGCCUUUCUUAAACUGGCAGACAUCUUCAGACUCGGGAACAACUUCCUGCGCCUGUGUGUGUUGAAGGUAACUCAGCAGAGUGAGAAACAUUUGGAGAAGAUCCUCAACGUGGACGAAUUUGUUAAGAGAGUGUUUUCCGUCAUCCAUAGCAAUGAUCCUGUCGCCAGAGCCAUCACGCUUAGGAUGCUUGGCAGUUUGGCUUCCAUCAUCCCAGAGAGGAAGAAUGCCCACCAUAGCAUUCGCCAAAGUCUGGACUCCCAUGACAAUGUUGAAGUGGAGGCUGCUAUAUUUGCUGCGGCAAGCUUCUCUGCACAAUCAAAGGACUUCGCAGCUGGAAUUUGCAACAAAAUCAGUGAAAUGAUCCAAGGCUUGGAUACUCCAGUGGACCUUAAGCUGAAGUUGAUCCCCAUGCUGCAGCACAUGCACCAUGAUGCUAAUCUGGCCUCCAGCAGCAGAGAGCUUCUGCAGCAGCUGGUUAAUUCUUACCCCUCGACCCCCAUGGUCAUUGUCACCCUGCACACCUUCACACAGUUGUCUGCCUCCUCCCUUAUUGAUAUCCCUAAGCAGUUACAGCUUCUGCUUCAGUACCUAAAAGAUGACCCAAGAAAAGCUGUCAAGAGACUAGCCAUUCAGGACCUGAAGUUCUUGGCCAAAAAGGCUCCCCACCUCUGGCUUAGAGAAAACACUCAGACUCUGUGUGAGUGUGCCCUGACAAGCCCCUACAACAGUUUGAAGCUGGGAAUGUUGGCUGUCCUCUCCACACUCUCUGGAACCAUUGCUAUCAAAGAGUACUUCAGCCCUUUGACAGGUAGUACUCUGGUUCCUCCUCGACUCACUGACCUGGUUAAGCUGGCACAGGAAUGUUGUUACCACAGUAACUUGGCUGUGGCUGCUCAUGGGGUUAUCGUGCUCACCAAUAUUGCCAUUUCCUGUCCAGAGAAAGACAUAGUGCAGCUGGAGCAAGACACUGUUCUGGGAGUGGAGUCUCUCCUGAUGCUCUGCAGUCAGGACAACAGCACCAGUGCACAGGCCACACUCAAAACAGCACUCACCUCAUUGGUUCAGCUAUUGAAGAGUCGACCCCACCUCUGCCAGUCAGUAGUGGAAUUCCUGCUCGGCCAGCUCCAUUCUUCCUGUGACUCGUCACGCGUUCUCAUGUGUCAUGCUCUGGCUGCCAUUGCCACCCAUAUGCCAGUGCUGGGAGACGGUAUGCUCGCAGACCUGGUGGACCUCUACAGAGUGGCCAGUCAGUCCUCCACUGACAAGCAGCAAGAGCUCCUGGUUUCUUUGGCAACAGUGAUUUUUGUCGCGAGCCAGUCAUCUCUGUCCGCUGAGGUGAAGAUGGUCAUCAAACAGCAACUGGAGAAUGUGGCUAAUGGCUGGACAGUGUACCGCAUCGCACGGCAGGCCUCACGCAUGGGAUGUCAUGAGUUCUCUAGCGAGCUGUACCAGAGUCUGCGGACUCGUGUGGCUUCCGAGCACUUCUAUUUCUGGCUAAACAGCCUGAAAGAGUUCUCCCAGGCAGAGCAGUGCCUCAGUCAUGUGGGGGACGGAGACUACAGUGCCGCCAUGAGCGCCAUCGCUGAGGCUCUCCGCUCUUACCAGAAAGGCAUUGCCUCCCUCACGGCUGCCAGCACUCCCCUAAGUCCGUUGACUUUCCAAUGUGAGUUUGUGAAACUGCGUAUUGAUACCCUUCAAGCUCUCUCACAGCUCAUUUGUACCUGCAACAGCCUGAAAACCAGCCCUCCUCCCGCCAUCGCCACCACUGUUGCCCUCACAUCCGGCAAUGAGCUCCAGCGCUGUGGACGCAUCUCCAUGCAGAUGAAGUUGUCCAUGGAAGAGUUUAGGAGGCUUGCUGCAUGCUACGCUGACCUACACCAGUCAUCAUUUGACACUGACUAUGCCACCCUUCGUAAUGUGGAACUACAACAGCAGAGCUGCCUGCUUGUCUCCCAUGUAAUAGAGGCUCUGAUACUGGAUCCCCAGGCAGUCAGUUUUCAGGAGUAUGGCGCCCUGGGGACGGUCCAGACGGAGAGUGAAUAUGAGAGACGGAUGAUGUCAGUCUUCCACCGUGUGCUGGAGGAAGUGGAAAGUCUCAGCAAGAAGCAUCCCCCUGUCUCGUACCUGCACACAGGAUGUCUCUGUGACGCUGUCAUAGCUUUGCUCAAAGUGCCAUUGUCUUUCCAGAGGUACUUCUUCCAAAAGCUCCAGUCAACCAGCAUUAAGCUUGCCCUCUCUCCAUCCCCACGAACACCGAGUGAACCAAUCCCAGUGCAGAGCAGUCAACAGCUGACCCUUAAAGUGGAGGGAGUGGUGCAGCAUGGCUCGACCCCAGGGCUAUUCCGCAAGAUCCAGUCAGUUUGUCUCAAUGUCACUUCCGUUCUCCAGAGUAAGACCGGCUCUGACUAUAAGAUUCCGCUGGACACCAAGACCAAUGAGAUUGAGCAGCGUGUCGAACCCCACAAUGACUACUUCAGCACCCAGUUCCUGCUUAAUUUCUCCAUCUUGGGCACUCAUUCUGUCACCGUAGAGGCCUCCGUGGUAGAUGAUAGCGGCAUUGAAUGGAAGACGGGUCCCAAGACAACAGUGUCCGUCAAAUCUCUGGAGGACCCUUACUCCCAGCAGCUCCGUCACCAGCUGCAGCAGCAAGCCGGAGCCCAACCUGCUCCACAGAGAAAUGUGUUCGCCCGCUUCUAGUGAAUGCUUCCUUCAUGUUUCACAAUUCUGUUUAACUUGUAUAUAUUUUUUAACAAUUAAAAGACCAA